AUGCAACCUCCGUUUCCAUGCCCGACUGCUACGUGGCGCAACGAUACAUACGCGAGUAUCUCACCAUCUCGCAAAGAACUGAGCGUUGCGGGUAAGACCGUAAUCGUUAUUGGAGGGGGAAGUGGAAUCGGCAGAGAAACAGCUUUGACUUUUGCCACUGCCGGAGCGGCUCAUGUAGCCCUUCUAGGGCGUACGGAUACCACUCUCAAUGAGACAUCAGAGUUGAUCAAGUCGAGCGGCAAAACUUCUUGCUCAACGCAUGUGGCGGAUCUAACUAAAUCGGCAAGCUUGGAGAGUGCUGCUGCAGCUGUAGGACAGUGGCACGUACUCGUCCUUACCUCAGGUUACUGUUCUACGCCUUCCGCAGUGCCGUCUGCUGAUGGAGAAGAUUGGUGGAAAGGUUUCGAAACCAAUGUCCAAGGAACCUUUCAAGUUGCUAGAGCAUUCCUCCCUUCGGCUCACCCAUCUGAAGCCGCUUUCCUUGGUGUAGUUUCUGAUGUUUCGCUUAUUCCGGCUGCAUAUUUGGUCGGACUCUCGUCCUAUGUCGCAUCGAAGUUGGCACAAGCAAAGGUUUUCGAGUUUCUUGCGGCGGAAAAUCCAACUGUUUUCGUUGCUACGCUCAACCCGGGCAUGAUUGAAACAGAUAACUUUCGUAGAACUGGUGGGAAAGCUGAGGGUUUGCCCAUGGAUACAGUUCAACUUCCAGCACAUUUUCUGCUUUGGAUGGCUAGUCCCGAGGCUGCUUUUCUACGAGGACGCUGUGCGUGGGCAAAUUGGGAUGUGGAGGAGCUCAUAGCUAUUAAAGAUCAGAUUCUUGCAGGAUUGGCUUUGACAGCUGGACUCAAAGAGUUGCCAAAGACUUCAUAA